CUCAGAAUGGAAGAUAAUAAAACAAGUUUCUUUGACUUCAGUGAUGAAGACGCAUUGGAUCAUACAGAAGGGAAAGCCUUUGGGAUUGAUAAGAAGAGACAAGACAAGAUGGACUCAAAACAAGGGAGCCCUAAAAAACCACAAGAAACCUCUCAACACAAGAACUCUUCAGAAAGAACAAUCGAAGGAUUCGUUGCGGAAUUUCUUAAGAUAAACGGAAGAAAGCCCUUCCCGAAGGAAUUACAAGAGUUUAAGAGGGUGUAUCAACUCUCAAAACCUGAGAUUAGGAUAGGAAGAGCUGAGUUAAGAAUCAAGAAAGUCAGUAAACUUAAGCCAAGACCUGAUGCUGAUACUGAUUCAGCAUUUUACAAAAGAUUCAAAGAUUGGAAACCUUAUGAGAUAUUGGCCAGCAACUUACAGAGAGCAGCAAUCAAAAAAUUCUUACCCCCGAUAUUGGCAUUUCAUUAUUCAUUGUUUUAUGACCAGGAACCAGUCUCUAAGAAGAAUGAUCCACAAAAUGAUCUAGGAGAACAGGAGGACAAUAAAGAAUCCGAAGACUUGGAAGAUAUGCCUGGGUACAAAAAACUCAAAGCAGUCCUGGAGAAUGAGUAUGAUGAGCUAGAAAUUAUUCUCAAUGAUGAUCAAAAGAAAAGUCUAAAGAAAGUCAUGGUACACAAAAAUCCAGAUAGAUACAAAGACUUGUACCCUCAGAUUGAUAUCUCUACAGACCCAGACCCAGAACCAGAUUUCUCUUCUAUAAAUCCUCACUUAAAAGCCCCAUCUGAAGAUAGCACAGACAUCAAAGCCAACCUAAGGUACAUAAAGAACUUCCUCAAAUUCAAAAAUAUCCCACAAAAGUCCACAAAGAGUCUUUCCUCUUCAUUUAUCGAAGAAAUUAUCAAAGAGGUACAGGAAGAGGAUGAGCAGGAGUGUGAAGAAGAGAAGGAACAGAGCAUGGAUGUAGAUAGUUGUGGGAGAGAGCAGAUGAGGGAUUUUGAAGAUACAGAAAACAUGGUUAUCGAUAACGAAACUUACUCAAAAUUACACACAACAAGCCCAGAUCCAAAGCCCCAACCUCCCUCUCCAACAAUCCCUCCCCACAUAACCGCCGAAUCCCUGCAACAAACAGACCCUUACCACCCACAAAUCUCAAAAAUCCUUAAAAAAUUGAAAACCCUAACCAACACCUAAUUUCCCCUUCCUCUAAAACUCUCCAUCUUCCCCAACCCCUAAAAUCUGCAUCCUGGCUCAUCCACUUAAC